GAGGUAUCAAAAUUGAAAUUGUGAUAUUCUGAUGGAAAAAGUUUGAUAUAAGGAAUGGGGUUUCCAUGUUUCAGUUUCACAUCUCAUCAAUGGCGGAAUUUAUCUUGCUUCUGCUUUGUUCCUUUUUAUGGGCAUAUUUAACAGUAUCCAUUGCAGUGGAAAGCUUAAAUACCAGUAUUUCGAUUCGAGACGGCGAUACCUUGGUUUCGGCUGGUGGAGUUUUCGAACUGGGAUUCUUUAGAACAGGUUCCAGCAGCAGAAGGUACUUGGGGAUAUGGUAUACGAAUUCGGUCACAUCGGUUCCAUGGGUGGCUAAUAGGGAAGUGCCUCUCAAUGAUACGUCAGGCGUCGUAGAAGUUACAAACCAGGGGACCCUUGUCCUUCUAGAUGGUAAUCGCAGCAUCAUUUGGUCCUCCAAUGUAUCGAGGCCUGUUCGGAAUCCGGUCGUGCAGCUAUUGGACUCGGGAAAUCUUGUUGUAAAAGAUGAGCUAGAUAGUAAUCCAGGAAACUUCAUUUGGCAAAGUUUUGAUUAUCCAGGAAAUACAUUCAUUGCAGGGAUGAAGAUUGGUAGGGACUUGAGAACUGGCCUCGAUCGGUACUUAUCGUCUUGGAAAACUCAUGAUGAUCCUUCUGCAGGAAAGUUCACGUAUCAGUUCGAGCUCGGUGGAUUUCCGGAGAUUGUUGUUAGAGAGGGUUCGACUAUUAGAUUCCGGUCUGGACCUUACAACGGUGAGCGGUUGAGUGGGUUACUUGAGAUGAAAGAAAACCCCAUGUAUACUUAUGAUUUUGUAUUUAAUGACAAUGAGGUAUAUCUAACAUUCAUUCCUCGUAAUAACUCGAUUCUUUUAAGGGGAGUGCUAAGUAGUGAGAACGGAGCUAUAGAGCCCUUUUCAUGGAUCGACCCGAAUCGAGGUUGGAUUCGAAAUCUUCCACUCUAUGUAGAUAACUGUGACAGAUAUGCCUUAUGUGGUGCAAAUGGCAUAUGUGACAACAACAGGUCUCCCGUAUGUAGUUGCAUGAGAGGUUUCGUACCGAGAAGCUCGAGCGAAUGGGAAGCAACACCGGGGACGGGAGGUUGUGUGAGAAAAACACAGUUAAACUGUUCAGGAGAUUAUGGAUUUAUACAGGUCUCUGCAGUAAAGGUGCCUGAAACAAAACAUUCAUGGUAUAAUUACAGUUUGAACUUAGAGGAGUGCAAGAACAUCUGCUUGGCGAAUUGCUCGUGCACGGCUUAUGCGAAUUUGAACAUUACAAACGGAGGAAGCGGGUGCUUGCUCUGGUUUAAUGACCUUAUCGAUACACGAUACAUAACCGAUAGUGGUCAAGAUAUCUAUGUGAAGGUUGCUGCAUCAGAACUAGAUCAAAAUGUGAUCGAAAGAAACAAAGCACGAUCCAAUGCAAACAUAACAAUAAUUGCAGCUACAUCAUCUUCAGGAGUGCUGAUUGCUGGCCUAACCCUGGUCGUGUUUCUAAGAAGGAAGAAAAAUCGGAAAAAGGGAUUGAUGACACCCCCUUCAGAUGGCGGUGCUUAUGAUUAUCAAACUCACGAGGAAGAUCUAGAGUUACCGGUAUUCGAUUUAAGAAGUAUCAUUCGUGCAACGAGUAACUUCUCGAUCAAGAACAUACUCGGAGAAGGAGGUUUCGGAUGUGUCUACAAGGGUGUUUUGAAGAAUGGACAAGAAAUUGCAGUUAAGAGGCUUUCGAAAAGUUCGAACCAAGGACUCGAUGAGUUCACAAACGAAGUUAAACAUAUUUCAAAGCUUCAGCACAGGAAUUUAGUGAAGCUCCUUGGAUGCUGCAUUCAAGCAGAUGAAAAGAUGUUGAUCUAUGAAUACAUGCCUAACAAGAGCCUGGACUUCUUUAUUUUCGACCAAGCCCGAAGCAUGUUGCUAGAUUGGCCGAUGUGCAAGCACAUCGUCGACGGGAUUGCUCGAGGCCUGCUUUAUCUUCAUCAGGAUUCAAGACAGAGAAUAAUACAUAGAGAUUUGAAAGCCGGUAAUGUUCUAUUAGACAAUGAAAUGAAUGCCAGAAUUUCUGACUUCGGCUUGGCUAGAAGUUUUGGAGAAAAAGAAACCAUAGCAAACACAAAGAGAGUGGUGGGAACAUUUGGUUACAUGUCUCCGGAGUAUGCAAUCGAUGGACUUUACUCGAUUAAAUCCGAUGUUUUCAGCUUCGGUGUCUUGGUUCUAGAGAUUGUGAGUGGGAAGAAGAAUAGAGGGUUCUCUCAUCCUGAUCAUCAACACAACCUUCUUGGACAUGCAUGGAGACUAUUCUGUGAUGGGAAUUCCAUGGAGCUGGCUGCUGAUGGAAUUAAAGAAACCUGCAACCGAUUCGAAGUACUAAGAUUGAUUCAUGUCGGCCUAUUAUGCGUGCAACGAAGUCUUGUAGACAGGCCAAGCAUGUCGGAUGUUGUUCUGAUGCUAAGUAGUGAAGUUCCAUUGCAACAGCCUAAACAACCAGGGUUUUUCACUGAGAGAGAUCUGGUUGAAGCUGCUAAUUCUUCAGCUUGUUCUAAUGAUUUUGCAAUCACAGUGGUUGAGGCAAGAUAAAAAUGAUGUUUGUCAACCUUUUGAACUGUGCUAGA